GCCCCACGAUUAUCUCGUCUGAAACCCCAAAAUACUUUGGACUUUCCUAAAGUCCCGACAAAACUUAUAAACCUCAAAGAUAAUGAUGGCAGAAAUCAUCAAGACUUGCACAAGUCGUACUUUGAUUAUAUGUCUUCAUUAUGCAAAGAUGGGAAAAUCCAGAAAGCUCUGGGCUUGCUCACUGAAAUGGAAUCCAGGAACCUCCAUGCUGGACCUGAUGUUUAUGGAGAAAUUCUCCAGGGAUGCGUAUACGAGCGGGCUCUUUUUCUGGGUAGGCAAAUUCAUGCUAAGAUUAUUAAAAAAGGCGACUUAUUUUCGAGGAACGAGUACAUUGAAACGAAAUUGGUGAUUUUUUAUGCAAAAUGUGAGGAACCGGAGGUGGCAAAUCGUCUAUUUCGUAGACUAGAGAAACAGAACGUGUUUUCCUGGGCUGCCAUGAUCGGUUUGCAGUCUCGAAGCGGUUUGUAUGUAGAAGCAUUGUUGAAUUACUGUGAAAUGCAAGAGAAUGGGGUUUUACCGGAUAAUUUUGUCGUCCCAAAUGCGUUAAAAGCUUGUGGUGCUCUGCAAUGGACUGGAACUGGGAAGGGAAUUCAUGGAAACGUCGUAAAGAUGAAGGAUUUUGAUCAAUGUGUAUUUGUCGCAAGUAGUCUCGUGGAUAUGUAUGGGAAAUUUGGGUUUUUGGAGGAUGCAAGGAAGGUGUUUGAUGCUAUGCCUGAGAAGAACGUGGUUGCUUGGAAUUCAAUGGUUUUGGGUUACGCCCAAAAUGGACAGAACGAGGAGGCAAUUAAACUCUUUCAUUCCAUGCGAAUGGAAGGUGUCGAACCGACUCAGGUCACUCUAUCAGGUUUACUUACUGCAUCUGCUAAUUUGGAGGCACUAGAAGAGGGAAGACAAGGGCAUGGUCUGGCAAUUAUAGGUGGAUUAGAGUUGGACAACAUUUUGGGUAGCUCCCUUAUUAACUUUUAUUCCAAGGUCGGAUUGACUGAAGAAGCUGAAAUGGUUUUUAGCAAAAUAAUCAUGAAAGACGAGGUGACAUGGAAUUUGCUCACAUCCACUUACGUGCACAAUGGGCAGGUUGAGAAGGCACUUUACACGUGCCAUCUGAUGAGAGAAGAAAACUUAAGGUUUGACGGUGUGACUCUAUCAUCUUUAUUGACUGUGGCUGCAGAUACAAGGAAUGUAGAACUUGGUAUGAUUGGGCAUGGUUAUUGCAUUAAAAACAACUUCGAAUCUGACUUGGUUGUCUCAAGUGGCAUAAUAGAUAUGUAUGCAAAAUGUGGGAAAAUGGAUUAUGCGAGGAGAGUGUUUAGCUCUACCACAAAAAGAGAUAUCGUAUUGUGGAAUACAAUGUUAGCUGCUUAUGCAGAGCUAGGACUGAGUGGUGAGGCCUUGAGAUUAUUCUAUCGGAUGCAAGUAGAGACCGUCACACCAAAUGUGAUAUCAUGGAAUUCUGUGAUCUUGGGUUUCUUUAGGAAUGGUCAGGUUACUGAAGCUCAAAAUAUGUUUUCAGAAAUGUACUCCCAGGGUGUUCAACCUAACUUGAUAACACGGACUACAAUGAUAUCUGGUCUGGCUCAGAAUGGUCGUAAUUAUGAAGCUAUUCUGGUUUUUAAGCAGAUGCAGGAUGCAGGAAUUGGAACAAACAGCAUUAGCAUAACUAGUGCACUCUCAGCCUGUACAAAUAUGACAUUGUUGAAAUAUGGAAGGGCAAUUCAUGGUUAUGUUCUGAGACAUUAUGUUUCUUUGUCUCUUCACAUCACGACCUCUAUAAUGGAGAUGUAUGCUAAAUGUGGAGCUAUAAAUACCGCAAAGAGUGUUUUCAACAUGUGUUCAAGAAAGGAAUUACCCGUCUACAAUGCAAUGAUCUCUGCUUAUGCAUUACAUGGUCAAGCUAUUGAAUCUCUUGCGCUUUUUAGACAAAUGGAGAAAGACCCUAUAGUGCCAGAUCACAUAACUUUUACCAGUGUCUUGUCAGCAUGCAGCCAUGCAGGAUUGGUGAAGGAAGGUCUGGAGCUUUUCAAAUAUAUGGUCUCUGAACUCCAUAUGAAGCCAAGUGCAGAACAUUAUGGUUGCUUAAUUAAACUUCUUUCCAGCCAUGGCCAGUUAGAUGAAGCUCUUAGGAUUAUUAUUACUAUGCCUAGCCAUCCCGAUGCGCAUAUAUUAGGAUCUCUACUUGUGGCUUGUGGACAAAACCAUGAGAUUGAACUUGCAGGUUAUAUAGCAAAAUGGUUAUUAAAAUUGGACCCGGGUAAUUCAGGUAUUAUGUGGCUCUUUCAAAUCUGUAUGCAACUGCAGGAAGAUGGGAUAAAGUGUCAAGUAUAAGGGGCCUAAUGAAAGAAAAGGGCCUGAGAAAAAUUCCAGGAUGUAGCUGGAUUGAAGUUGGACAAGAUCUUCAUGUAUUUGUUGCUGGUACUAGAUCACAUCCCCAGAUAGAAGAAAUUCACAC